CUACGUAAACAUGAUUUAUAUUUUCCCAAAGACCCUUGUGCCACAUACUUCAAGGUCUUCAAUUUCACAUUUGCCAUAAAAUACUUCCUUUCGAAAGUAGUUCACACAAAAUUCAGGUACCCAAUCGACAUGAAUAAACUAUAUGUACAUUCCACCACCGAUUUUCUGUUCAUCAAGCCUGUAGCAAUACGCCCGAUGCUCUUCCUGUUCUACACCUUGGAAACGAUCUUAAACAUUAUCUGCAUUGGAUACCACAUCACUGGGUUCCAGCCCCUCGAGUGGAGAGGGCAUGAGAUCCACCACCUGUGCCUGAUCGUCUUCCACGUGUUCAUGGUGAUGAAUUUCUUCCAGAGCAUCGCCAUUUGCACGGGACGCGUGCCCAAUGUCCUGGUGGAGAUCUGCAAGGCCUCGGUGGCAGCGUGCGCCUUCAUCCUGAUAUCCUUGCUCACCAUGUGGGACGUGGAGCGGCAGUUCUCUGUGUUCUUCGUGAGACCCAGCGAGCUGGCCCAGGGUGAGCACAAAGAACUGCCGCCCGUUCACCCGACCUUCCGGUACAAGAAGGGUCAGUCCAUUUCCUCGUUGUCCUGUGGACUGAUCUACAUGCUCCACGCAGUAAUAUUGUUUGACGUCAGGUUGACCUCCAGGCUGGUUGUCAAUGGACCACAACACCUGCCCAUUCCCCUCUUUGUCCUGGGUCGCGCUUUCCACAGAAAGAUGUAUAAGUACGAGUGGUUCAAGGAGUUUUGUGGCAACAAUACCAUUGAAAUCUAGUGGGGAUUCCC